AUGAAGUGUUCGAAAGAGAAAGGAAGAGGAAGGGAGAGGCUUCCACAAGUGAAAGUGAAUGGUGAAGAAGGAGAGAUAAAUUUAGAAGUUGUGAAUGUCACACUCAGAAGAAGUUUGAGAUUCUACUCAACACUGCAAUCACAAGAUGGCUUUUGGCCUGCUGACUGUGGUGGUCCUUUGUUUCUCGUGCCUGCUCUGACCAUCAAAAGUAGGGACCGUUUGGUUGAGUUUAUUCCCAACUAA